AGUGUUCAAGCUCCCAUGAGGGCGGUUCUUUAAAUUGUCCCCAAAAAGUCUUCCUGGCUGGCGCCUUUUUCUCUUUAUCUGCAGGAGCCGAUACGCACAUACUUAUCAGAGGACGUCGUUGGAAUAAACCUUAAUCUACUACAUUGCCGGUCUGAAAGCAAAGCAAACAUGAGCGACAAGGGGACCGCCUCACCGAAAGAGAAGGAGGGGACAGAGAAGAGGGGGCGGGGAAGACCACGCAAGGGUGGGGGGCAGGUGAAGACCUCUGAGGAACCUGUUGGCUCACCUCCUACAAAGAAGCCCAGAGGACGACCAAGGGGCAGCAAAAACAAGCCAAGUUCAAGGGGGAAAAAGGCAGCGACGGCCUCGCCUGCAGAGGGAAAACGAAGGGGCAGACCUAAGAAGGAGGAGGCGGAGAAACCUUCCCAAGAAUCAUCUGAGGAGGAGGAAGAAGAGGACCAGUAAUUCAUGACCAAUGCUACCUCGCGCAACAAUACUGAACUUACCUGUUAACAGAACUGGGCUGUAUCUCAACACCAGUGCCACCACAUGACCACUGCUCACGACAAAACCUUACCAAACAAGGGUUAACACAGUACAUAAAAUAAUGCAACAGCACUGGAUACAAUGAUGGACCUUGCUCAAGCGUAGAUCUAAGAAUUACAUGAAUGGUAUUGGCCCUUUUCGCUACAUCAUGUUAUCACAAGUCUUUUAUACUGGACAAAAGUGUGCUCUGACGAGCCUCAUGUUUCUCUCCCCCCCACUUAAACAGUGUGUAGGACAGUCUCUGCUUAAUGUUACUUAUUUGUUGUACCC